AGUCAUGAAGGUCGCUAGUGGCAGCACCGCAGCCGCCGCGGGCCCCAGCUGCGCGUUGAAGGCGGGCAAGACGGCAGGUGGCGCGGGCGAAGUUGUGCGCUGCUUGUCGGAGCAGAGCGUGGCCAUCUCGCGCUGCGCGGGCGGCGCCGGUGGGCGACUACCGGCCCUGCUUGACGAACAGCAGGUCAACGUGUUACUCUAUGACAUGAAUGGCUGUUACUCGCGUCUCAAGGAGCUGGUGCCCACCCUACCCCAGAACCGCAAGGUGAGCAAGGUGGAGAUCCUCCAGCACGUUAUCGAUUACAUCUGGGACCUGCAGCUGGAGUUGGACUCGCAGUCCGCGGUCGGGGCCCCUGGAAGCCGGGGGCUGCCCGCCCGGGCUCCGCUCAGCACCCUCAACGGCGAGAUCAGCGCUCUGGCGGCCGAGGCGGCUUGUGUUCCAGCGGACGAUCGCAUUUUGUGUCGCUGAAG